UUUAAGCGUCGAACAAAAUCAUUCAGUCUGGUGAGUAAUCUACAGCGUGCCGGUUGUGCCCGUGUGACUCUAGGCAAUACACAAGUGAGCGUGUUAUAUCACUACAGCAAACCCUGAAAUAGAAAUUUUGGCCGUGUUUUAAUGCUAAAAUGAAGCUUUCUCAAGCGCUUACGUUUACAUUAUGGUUACUUCUGGUACCAUUAGCCCACGGUCAGUGGGUUCGGUAUAAUACACCAUCACCCUACGCGAAGUUUACGCCAAUGGUUCGUUCGCGGUUGGCACUGAGGCAAAACUUUGUCAGUGGUUCUACACCAGCUGCAGCACCUCCGACAACUAGACGACCAGCAGCAACAUCGACCAUCGGUUAUGCAGCCACCAGCCUGUCCCUUGCUCCGGAAAAUGAUUCUAAAAUAUCGCAAGUCGUGGUAGACUUUAUGAUGCGCAUUAGCCGAACGCUAGUGCAACGCAAUAGCAAGGCAGAGCUAAUCUCACCGGUCAGUAUCAUUACCGUGGCUAAUCUGCUGUUCCUCGGAUCCGGUGGUGUUACUCACCAAGAGUUUGGAAAGGUCCUUACACCGUCCAACAUGAACUGGAAGCAAAUGCAUCAGCGGUACGGCAAGGUGCUGGCAAAUCUAAUAUCACCAGAACCGAUUGACAGUCGGCGGGAUCAGUGGCGCCGCCAAACGUGCCCUCACGAUGAGGAUUAUGAGGAUAUUCCUCGUACUCCCGCACCGAAAUCGCAAGUUAUCCGGCUAGCCAACGGGAUCUUCUACCAGAAGGAUCUCCCGAUGCGUCAGCAGUAUGUAAUGUUGGCUCGCAGUCUCUAUGGUGCACUGGUACAACCGAUCGAUCCACAAAAUUCGGGUGCAUCCACCGCAAUGAUCAACAAAUGGGUCAGCGACGUAACGGCGGGCAAAAUUCGCAACAUGAUCGAGGGCUCACUCAGUCCCAGCAGCAGUGUGGUAAUUGCAAACGCGCUCUACUUCAAAGCCAAAUGGAAGACUCAGUUCGAACCGCUCGUCACCCGUGAUUCCGCAUUCUUCCCCGAUGGUCUCAAUGCACCGUCCUAUCGCGUGAAGAUGAUGACCCUAACAGGUUGUUUACCGUUCUACAAAACCCGUGAUGCAUUGGAUGUGUCGAUCGUGGGACUACCGUACCGAGAUGAUUCAAGCACGAUGUACCUCAUCCAACCGGCAAACUCGAGCCGAAAUGCCAUCAGACGUCUGCAGGCGUCAAUUACCGGCAAAAUGGUCGACUCGUGGAUCGCACAGAUGAAACUAUACACCGUGAUGGUGCGGAUGCCCAAAAUGCAUCUUAGGAACAGUGUCGAUCUGUUACAAUCGUUCCAGAAGCUGGGCUUCAAUUCCAUCCUUAGCCCAGCCAAGAGUGAUCUUUCAAACAUGAUCAACAACUCUACCACGGGACAGAAACCGUACGUGAAUCAGAUCCUGCACAAGCUGGAUCUGAUGAUCGAUGAGGAGGGAACGGAAGGUGCUGCCGCUACCUCCGUACUGGUCGAUCGUAUCGGUCCGCAGAGACAGUUUAACGGAAAUGCACCGUUCAUCAUCUAUCUGCGGCACGAUGCCACCGGUUUGCCACUAUUCUAUGGACCGAUCUUUGAUCCGCGCUAGAAAACGAUCUGCACAAAUGAUCCUCGCGGAAGGAUUAACCAAAGAACUUAUCGCAUAUGUAUGAGGCGAAUGUUGGGGAAUGUUGUACUAGCAAGUCUUGCGUCGCAAAUAUUUAUUUAACCGUUGUGUAUUAUCACACUGACCCGUGAGCGUAUUAGGAAGCUACAGUGCCCAGCUAUUAAAAGACGAUCGAAUUUGACAAGCAAUUUACAUAAAAGUAUUAUUUUUUUUUAAUUGUGUAGUAAGCAUAUUAGAAAUAACAGUUCCAUGAAGUGCUAAGCUAAGCGAUAGUUAGGCUCACCGUGUUUAGUUAUAUUAACCUGUAUCAGCAGUUGCUUUGUGUUGUAGCUGGUUAUAUCCUUAGGCAAAAAAUUGUACGAUAUAAGCUGAAUUAAAUCUAACUAAUUAAACUAA